CUUUACGCUGCUUCCAGAGAAGUUGAGACUAUUUUUAUGUAAAUUGGUCGCUUCAUUGAGCAAAUAUAUAUUUAGCGGAAACUUUACCUCUCUACUUCUUUAGAAACGUGCGAAAGAAUUCAUUUAGUUGGAAGGAAUUCUGUAUCCCAUUAAAGCAUUCGUACACGCGAAUUGAGUGGUACAUUUGGUCCGGUCUACGAGGAUCAUUUCGUUUUGCUUGAUUUGGAAUUACUAGUAUUGUACCAAUUAAUUACAAAGCAGGGGCCCCACCCCUCGUAUCUUAGUAUAAGAAAACAGUGAUCGAUUGUGUAGUGCUAGAAUUGUCAGCGCUAUAGAACUUUCAUCAACUCUUGACGUCUUUCUUUCAUUUCUUAAAUUGGUGAAAACACAAACAGGAAAGCUUUGUUAGUAGUAUCUGCGGUGUUAGAUUUAACCUUUGAAGAAAGAAAAACCAACUUGUUCCUAUAUAACUCAUGACAGAAGUUUGGUCGAAAAAUCAAAUCAUAGGGGAAGACUUUCGGCCCACAUCUAGGGCCGCAGGUCCUUCAAACCUGGCUUAUAUGCCUCCUGCUACUUCUGCAUUCAUCCCAACUGAUUUUUCCACAAGGAUCCCAGCAAACACCAAACUUGUUGUCGGCAGUCAUACGGUCACUGUCAUGCGAUAUCUUAGUGAAGGUGGUUUUUCGCAUGUCUAUCUCGUAGAAACCCAAGAUAAGCGGUGUUGUGUUUUGAAACGCAUUCACGUUCCCGAUAAAGCCGCACUUCAAUUGGUACACGGAGAAAUUGAAACUAUGAAACGUCUUAAGGGCCAUCGCCAUAUUGUUAACUAUAUAGAUUCGAACGCUCUAUAUUCCAAUUCAGCAAAUCGCUAUGAGGUCUAUUUACUGAUGGAAUUUUGUGCAGGGGGCGGUCUCAUUGAUUUCAUGAACACAAGGCUGCAAGCCCGUUUAACAGAAGGUGAAAUCUUGAAAAUAUUAGCGGAUGUGUGCGAUGCAGUUGCUGCGAUGCAUUAUUUAGAUCCACCUUUAAUUCAUCGGGAUCUAAAAAUUGAAAAUGUUUUAUUAGUCGCUCCGAAUUCAUAUAAACUAUGCGACUUUGGUAGUGUUUGUGAACCAAUACCGCCUGUUACCACACCGGAAUCGAGAUCUUCUGUCGAGAGAAACAUUGCUGCUUAUACGACUCCUCAAUAUCGUUGCCCAGAAAUGAUUGAUUUAAGUCGUCAACAAGGUAUCGAUGAGAAAAGCGACAUUUGGGCAAUCGGUGUUCUUGCUUACAAACUUUGCUAUUACACAACACCAUUUGAAAGCGUCGGAAAUGCUGCUAUUUUGAAAGCUUCAUUCUCCUUCCCGCCUUUUCCGAGAUACAGUGACCGCAUGAAAAGGUUCAUUGCUACCUGUCUUCAGGAGCAGCCUUCUCAUCGUCCCAACAUAUAUCAAAGCUUAAAGGAAAUUAUGGAAAUGCGUGGCACACCUCUAUUACUUUCCGACAUAUAUGGAGGAGUAAAUGCAUCAACUUUUAACCCACCAAAAGCACCUCUUUUAAGAACACCUUCUGGUCGACUGCAGCCCUCUACCUCUGUGCCCUCUCAUGGAUCUCUGCCUCCAAUACCUAUUUCUCGUCCGAGUAUAACACCAAAAUCUUCCAACCAGUCGUUUAGUCAGCCGAGUAGAACGUCGUCCUCUCACAUUUUUGGCCCGAAUGAACAAUUUAUAUCACCCAAAAGUUCUAAUGGCAACUAUAACCGAAAUAUCACUUCAUCUUGUCAAAGAGUCAUGGGAACGAGUUUGGAUGGCUCUGAGUCUUUACCUAAACGUACUGUCAUCUCUAAUCAUAAUGAUUCGCAAGGCGAAAAGCAAAUUGAUGAAGUCGAUAUUCUUUCUCGCUAUCCAAGUGUCGACGAGUUAAAUAACAAAGUUGAUGACACCAAAAUUGCUGAGCCGAUUCCUUUACUUGAUACUAAAAAGGAUGGCAAUGUUAUCAACCGAUCUACUUCCUCAACGUUAAUACCGUCAUUGUCUGAAAAUAGAUUGGCUAGCCCUCAUUCACCUGGUAACAUUCCUUACAAGGAAGUGGACCUUAAUUACACCACUUCCACGGGUAAGCGAAAGCAUGUGUCAAAUAUAAAAUCGCCUGUUCCCCAAUUUCCCUCUUUAAGUACUUAUUCUGCUAAUAAGUACCAAGAAUCAUCUCAAAAUCAUGCUCCUUUAUCUUCAUUUACGAUUAGUCAAAAAGGAAUUGCUCAAAUUCCAAAGGGUGUUGACAACGUUAACUCAGAAGAUUUUAUUCAAGAUCAUCGCCCUUUUCAGUCAAAGUCUGUUGAUUGGAAGCCUCAUAAGUUAAGUCAAUCUCAUACACCCGUGAGAAUGGAAGACAAUAUGGAUAGGGAUUUUAAUAACGAAUUUUCAGAUUCAACGAAUAAUUUAUCACACUCUGAAGAAAGAGAUUUCCAGGAUCAAGGAACCCUAUUAAGUGAUUCCUCUUAUGAUAGGAGUAUUACUAAAGGUGUUGAAGAUCUAGUUGUUGUUAAUGAUGAACAUGAGCGAACAAGUUCACCUGAGAGUGAAUCUUACAAAGUUCAGUCGAAUGUUGAAUUUUUAAAAAGUUUGGGAGCUCAUGGUCGUCAAAACUCCUCAGAUAUUUCACGUACCCAGAGAUUACAAAAGUCAAUUACUGCUAAGCUUGAAAAGGUAAAAACUAAUGAACAGAAUAAGAAGGAAUUGCGAUCCGCAAUUAAUAUAAGCAAGCCCAAAAAGCAAGGGCAUGCUUCCAGAUUAUUGUCUGGUAAAUUUGGUGAUGCCUUUAAAAAGUUUGAAUUUGGAAAUGAUAAAACACCCAAAAAAACCGGUGAUUCACCAUUGAAAAAAUCAGACUUUACGCUUCAUAGUCCAAGUCCGUCUGAAUCUUCAGAACCUUCAGAUGAUUGGAAAGUAGAAAGCGAGGACUUACCCCAAGUCCAUGAAAAUAUUCGUCAAUAUCGGAAUCUUACUGAUCCUAGUCAAACGAACAAGAGAGCGAUUAGUGUAAAUAAGCCCGAUUUUAGUCGGGUUGUGAGAAAUGUGCAAGAACCGAAACUGGUUAGGCCAGUGAAGUCUCUUUUAAUCCAAGAGAGAGUUCGACAAUUGUUAGAUCAAGGCACAAAAAAUUCUUUGGAUGAUCUUUCGGACAGUGAUAAUGGCGAUUAUAGAUUACCUAAUUCACAAAGACCUAGUCUUGAACGACCUUUACCGAAACCAACAAACCUACGUGGACAUCCUCUGGAUGCUUAAUGGAAAAAACUAUAUAUGCAGUAAUGAUUUUGCUACGAUAUUGAUUCAUGUUUGAAUGAUAAUUUAUGUUAAAUGCCUUUUAGUUUUUUAUCAUCGUUUACGAGUAUGCUAUGGUAUAAUAUGAAUUCUUAUUCCUAAAUGUACUACUCAUAAAGUACAACUCUAAUCGUUUUAUUACGCGUUCUUUUUCAGGGCUUUUUGGUCGUAGUAUCCUUUUGCUAUUGUUAUUGCGUUUCUCUUGUACAACAGUUUAAAGUUUUGAAGAAUUGAAAAGAAUUGGCAUAGUUAUGAUAAUGAACGCUAUGCAUUAAGCAAAUGUUGGUUGAGGACAUUGAUUAAAGUAAGUAAAGAUAACAAAAAACGAUGAAAUUAUGAAAAAUAAAAGGCUUGAAUGAUUUGGAAAGAAACAAAGGUGACUUUACUUUGUAGUGCCACUAGAGAAUUUUUUCUUACAGUUGUGUCGCAAACGGCCCAAGAGUGAAGCUUUUCUUUGUAAACGGCUUUCUGAUUGUUGUGUGUCAUCAUUAUAACUCAAUAAGGAUUCGCUUUCUUGGUUAAGAGAAUUGGAUCUACCUUGCUCAACAUAUGACGGUGAACCAUAAGUAUUAGUAUUGACGCCUCCCCAUAUCCCGUUUUCUGAAGCCAAAUCUUCUACAGAUUGAUCUUUUGGAAUUAAAGUGCUUAAACUGUUUGCUUCACUGUUUUCCGAAAAAGCAGCGACCGGGCUGGUACUAAUAUCCAAGUUUCGGUGCUUACAACACGGUUCGAAUGGGCCAUCAUGGUGAACACCUGAUUGUUAGAUACAAUAUUUUAGCUAUAUCCUGCUGCAUACCGAAAUUUCCCAGAUAGGAAUUUGAUGUAUCUAAUUGAUCAAUCCUGUCAUAACCGAGCAUAGCAACGUUUCCUCCAGGAGAAAUUUUCUGCUUAGAUCUUUUACUGAACGCUGUAUCUUCGAUGAUAAGUCUAGGUUUUACAGCAGGUUGCUUCCUUAAAUGGUUAUUUUUAGCACGCAAUGAUCGUGUGUUUAACCGAGGACCGACAUGAUAUUGCAUAGAAACCGGAUCGUAAGGAUAAUCCUGAUGAUUUAGAUAUCUGUUCAAACUUGUUGUAUUCAGUGAAAGCCUUCGUUCGGGCCUGUUUGAAAUAUUGUCAUCGUCUUGCACAAAUGAGCGAAACUGAAUAUAUUAGCUUACGUUUAUUUUUUGAACUUACCACCAGGUAACCGAGUUUAGCAAACUCGUUGUCAUGUUCUACAUAUGGUUCCUUCAUUGAGUCUCCAGCAAAGUUUCUAUAUGAAGACUCGGAAAAGGGGUUGCUAUCCUUCAUUUUAUUCGUUGAGGUAGAAAAUGUUGAAAGGUACCUUGCUCACAUCGGAGAGAAGUCCAUCCUAUAUGUAUAAACUAAUUGUUUACUUUUGGAUGACACUUUCAGCAAUGUAAAUUGCGUCACAGAAAUGUCACAUUUAUUUUAUAUCUUACUUAAGAAAUAUAACAGAAAUGAAACUCGUUCAACUGCAGUUUUAGCAUGGCACGAUGGUGACGAUGUAAACUUUACAAAAGUGGAAUUUCGUCUCAGCUACUCAUAUCAAUGUAGCGUUAGAAAUACAAACGCGUAUACAUUCAAUAAGGAAAGAAAAGAAAAUAGUUAUUUUUGAAUCAUUAACUUUACAGUGGGCAUCGUUGAUACUUGAGUAGCUUUCCUCUCUUUUGAAUAUUUGAUUUUAAAUAAGGACUGGCCUGGCUUAUGAAAUUGAACUGGAUAGUGCAAAUUGCUUCAAAUACAGACAAGAAUCAUUUCCUAUAUCUAAGUCUUUCAUUUUGCUAAGUAGAGAGACCUUCAAUAUCUCUGAAUGAAAAUAUAAAUGAUGCACUCUCGAUUAUAGACCAAUUUAGGGUAAUGAAUAAAUAAAUAAAUAAAUAAAAGGAAACUACCAACAAUGAAUUUGGCUUUACUUAAAAAGCCUUCAUCUUCAGAGAUACCAAC